CUCUGUUUCUGCCCUAUUAGCAAGAAGCACCAACCAUUUUUCAAAGUUCAAACUCUCAAGUGCAAUUUCUCUCUAUUUUCCACCCAUCAAUUCUUGAAAAGGAGAAAGAAAAUACUCCCAACAACUAUGAAGAGCUAUUUUGUUUUCUCUCUUUCCCUCCAUUUAGUAAUUUUCCUCCAUUCUUCCACCCUAACCCUCGGUCAAACUUCUGCCUCCGCCCCUGCUCCAUCAGGCCCCACCAACAUCACGAAAAUACUCGAAAAAACCGGUCAAUUCACCACAUUUAUCCGGCUCUUAAGAACCACUCAAGCUGGUGAUCAGAUCAACACACAAUUAAAUAACUCAAACCAAGGAAUGACUAUUUUUGCACCUACUGAUAAUGCAUUUACCACCUUAAAAGCUGGUACUCUAAAUUCACUAAGUUCUCAACAACAAGUUCAGUUAGUGCAAUUUCAUGUACUUCCUAGCUUUAUUUCAGUCUCACAGUUCCAAACUGUCAGUAAUCCUUUAAGGACACAAGCUGGAGACACUAGUCCCGGGGAUUUCCCGUUAAAUGUAACGACUUCCGGUAACCAAGUGAAUGUAUCUACCGGCAUUGUGGAUGCUACUGUGGCUAAUACGAUUUAUACUGACGGCGAGCUUGCGGUUUAUCAGGUAGAUAAAGUGCUUCAGCCUUUGGGUAUCUUUGGUUCUCCGGCUCCAGCGACUGCACCGGCGCCGGCGACUUUGAAUCUGAAGAAGAAGUCUCCGGCAGCGUUGACUCCGAGCUCCGGCAACGAUAAUGCGCCGGCGGAUUAUUCCGGUGCUGAUAGUGUGAAUGGUGUGGCGGUGUUGGGAAUUGGAGUUUUAUGGACUCUGUUUUGGUUGCGACGAUAGAAAUUUUUGACGGUUGUGAUCGUCUCUGAUUUCCUCAAUUUGAAUAUUUGUGUUUUUCUCUCCUUCCCCCUUUUUUUUGGUUCCUCAUUUUUUCAAUUUGGAUUUUCAACUGUAAGAUAUGAAUCAAAUUUUGAAUUGGUGUA